UUGGAUAACGUAAUGUGCGGUAAUACAUUUAGCAUUAUAUUGCUGUUAUGUUAUAUUUUAUGUCAAGCACAAAAUUUAUUCGACAUGAAUGCUGAUAAUUUUUUUGAUAUUGUUAUGAAAGAGGUAGAGCAAAAUAAGAGAAGUAAUAACUACAGUCUAGAUCUUCCUCAUAAAAAUAAUUUAGGAAAUAUUUCCGACUUCAUAAAUGAUUCUAAUGGAAAUAUUGUUAUUACAAAUGAAACUUUGAAAAACAAUGCAUUUCUAAUAACCACUGAAGCAAAUGUACAUGUUGUAACACAACAUAGUGUAGCUAAAAAAAAGAUAUCACAGUCUCUAAUGAAAAAAAUAAAAGCUAGAAAAUUACAGAGAGAAAUUAAUAGGUUAUUGGAAAAAAAUAAUACAAUUCCAGAUUUCAAGAAUAAUUACGAUGACCCUUCAACUAUAACUGAAAAGUUUGACAAAAUUCAAGCAACACCGGUACAGAAGGCGGCACUGAGAGAGUAUUACUUCGACCUCUUUAAAAGACCCACAGUUUUUAGGAAAAAGAAAAAGACGGUGAUGCUGAUGGAACAAUACAUUUAUGCAACGAGAUACAAACUGUCAUACGUUCAGAAAAUGAGAGAUAAAUACCGGAACGACGGGGAGUACAAAAUCGGAUUUUGUUUCGCGUUACUGAGGCAUCUGAAGAUGGAACAAAUGCUGAUAUAUAAUGCUAUACAUAAAAAUCAAAAGCUGGUCUCUAAUGUAUACUUUCACUUGAAACUGUAUGAGAAAGCGCUUCGAUUGGAUGUGGAUAUAAAAGAUUUAAUAAAUGUAAUAAAGGAUUUAGACCACAAGACUAAAUCGAAGAAGGAUUGAAAGUACAAAGAGGAAUACUAUCGAUAAAGUGUAUAUGAUAAAACAUUGACUUUCUUUUAGCAUAAACGUACAGCACGGUCUCAGCGAUGUAUUCUCCCAUGAACUUUCAGGUUAUGGAAUGAAUUCCCUGUCGCAAUUUUCCAAAAGUCUACAAGAUGGGGUUCUUGAAAAUGGAUUUAUUAAGGUUUUUUCAGGGUCGGCAACGCACACGUGACAACCCUAGAAUUGCAAGCAUAGGCUACAGUGACCGUUUACUAUCGGACGGGCUGUAAAAAAAUCACCAUUCCUUGUUUGAAGUUGAUUGAAAAACCGUCUAUAUAGAUGACAAAGCUACUAUGUAUGGUAGGUAUGCAGUAUAUACACGGCUAUUAAAAAUCACAGUUUCGCUAAAAAAAACAACGACCGGAAAAAAUAGUCGCAACAAUAGCUCGGCGGCAAACGUUAUUCGUCUAUAUUCGUUUGUACAGCCACGCCUAGGGUUGCCAAUUCAAUUAAAAAUUAUAUUAUAUUUGCUUAGUCCACUAGUUUUGCUCUUAAUUUAUUUUGACCUCUAUUUAAUGGCAAAGUUCAAAUCGGACGGUUUCUGUUCUAUUCAAGUGACCUUUGUAUCAAUUAUUUGUUUUUGUUUUAUCCUACUGUCGAAUA